AUGUUGAGAGCAAACGUCAUUCCAAAUUUAAUUACCUUCAGUACAUUGGUUGAUGGAUUUUGUAAGGAAGGAAAGGUUUCAAAGGCCCAUGGUGUAGUCAAAUUGAUGAUGCAGAGAGGACUAGAGCCUAAUGUCAUCACCUACAAUUCAUUCAUGGACGGAUAUUGUCUACACAACCAAGUGGAUCAAGCUAAAAAUACUUUUAACUUAAUGGUAAGCAAGGGUUGUACACCUAAUGUUUUUACCUACAACAUCUUGAUUCAUUGUUACUGGAAGAGAAAAAGGAUAGAUGAGGCAAUGCUGCUUUUUGAUGAAAUGCCUUGUAAAGGCUUGAGUCCUAACCAUGGCUUGUGUAAAGCAAAGAGCCCUUGGGCUGCGCAUAAGUUUUUCAAGGACAUGUGUGCUAUUGGCCAUUCUCCAAAUAUUGUAACCUACUCAAUUCUGAUAGAUGGCUUUUGUAAGCAUAGCCGUCUUGAUAUAGCGUUUGAUCUAUUUUACGAAAUGCAAAAGAACUUGUUGAAGCCUCACCUUAUUAUCUAUAAUACCCUGAUUGAUGGUAUGUUCAAAAGUGGAAAGGUUAAAGAUGCAAAGGAACUGUUUUCUAGACUUUCCAUAGAAGGGUUAUAA